AUGGAGGCGGCGGCGCUGGCGCGGGAGGGCGGCGGCUCGGGCCCCCCGCCCCACGAGCCCAUCAGCUUCGGGAUCGACCAGAUCCUCGGUGGCCCCGAGCCCGCGGGCCCGGCCCGGGCGGCGGAGCCCGACUACGGGCUCUACGGCGGCGGUUACGGCCCCGCCUGCUCGCUCGGCUCCUACAACCUCAACAUGAGCAUGAACGUGAGCGUCAACGUGACCCCAGCGCCCGCCGCGCCGCCCGCCGGGGUCAUCCGUGUGCCGGCGCACCGGCCCGCGCCCGCCCCGCCGACCGCCGCGCCGCCGCCGGUGCCGGGGCUCUCGGGGCUCACCUUCCCCUGGAUGGAGACGACGCGCCGCAUCGCCAAGGACCGGCUCUCAGCCGCGCUGUCCCCCUUCGCGGCCACUCGCCGCAUCGGGCACCCGUACCAGAACCGGACGCCGCCCAAGCGCAAGAAGCCGCGCACGUCCUUCAGCCGGGGGCAGAUCUGCGAGCUGGAGAAGCGCUUCCACCGCCAGAAGUACCUGGCCUCGGCCGAGCGCGCCACCCUGGCCAAGGCCCUCAAGAUGACGGACGCUCAGGUCAAGACCUGGUUCCAGAACCGGCGCACCAAGUGGAGGAGGCAGACGGCGGAGGAGCGCGAGGCCGAGCGCCAACAGGCCAACCGCCUGAUGCUGCACCUCCAGCAAGAGGCCUUCCAGAAGAGCCUGAGCCAGCCGCUGCCCCAGGACCCGCUCUGCAUGCACAACUCCUCCCUCUAUGCCCUGCAGAACCUGCAGCCCUGGGCCGAGGACAACAAGGUGACGUCUGUCUCGGGGGUGGCCUCUGUGGUGUGA